AACGGUAGAGUAUGUUUAGUGUCUUUCUCGAUCGCGUCUGCGGCGUGUGCAAACUUUCGUCGCGGCAGUCGUCGUACCACUACUACUACCGAGCGCUCGCGCCAAAAAUCAUCCUCGAUAAUGUGAUUGCUCGUUGCAGCAGCGGCACAAGCACAAGCGCGAUCAUCACGGACUUGAGCUCGCAGACGAGCGAUAAUCGAGAGAUUGUUAUAUUAUUCGCGUCGAUUCGAUUGUUAUUGCACGCCGCGCGUCGUUGUUGUCUGCAGUUUCGGCGGCUCGUCUCGCAAAGACGACGACGACGGAUCUGGACGUGUUUUUUUCGUGCCGCUACUACGACAACAACCACCGACGACAACGGCAGCAGCACCGUUACCGUCGCGAUGUCGGACAGCAUACAGGUGGCCAUCAAAGUCAGACCGCUGAUCAGACGCGAGAAGGAUGAAAAUCUGCCGAUACAAUGGCUGGUCAGCGACAACACCAUCGCGCCGACUGAUCCGGAAAAGAAAAGCAGCAGCUUCCAGUUCGAUCACAUAUUCGAUUCGCAAAAAAACAAUGACGACGUCUUUCAAACGGUGGUCAAGCCCAUCGUCGGGGCCUCGGUCAACGGCAUCAACGGCACGGUGUUCGCCUACGGACAGACGAGCUCCGGCAAGACUCACACGAUGAUGGGAACCGCCAGCGAGCCGGGAAUCAUACCGCUGGCCGUGGAGCACAUGUUCGACGCGAUCGCCGAGACCUGUCACAGGGAGUUUCUGCUGAGGGUCUCCUAUUUGGAAAUUUACAACGAAAAAGUCAACGACUUGCUUGACACCUCGGCUACGGAUUUAAAGCUGAGGGAGGACUCCAACGGAUACGUGCAAGUUCUCAACAGUAAAGAGGAAAUCGUCAGCAGUCCCGAUAAUAUUUUAGCUCUCAUGAAGAAAGGUGAUAAGAAUCGUAGUAUAGGACAGACGGAUAUGAAUGAGAGGAGUAGUAGAAGUCACACGAUAUUUAGAAUAACUGUGGAAAGUCGAGAUGAAAGUAGUGAUUCAGAUGGUGCCAUUCAAGUGUCGCAGUUAAACUUAGUUGACUUAGCAGGUUCAGAAAGAGCACGACAGACAAAUGCCACGGGUGAAAGAUUUAAGGAAGGCACGCAUAUUAACAUGUCGCUAUCAACUCUUGGGCUAGUAAUUAAGCAGCUCAGUGAAUCUUCUGAACCAGGCUCUAAAUAUGUAAAUUUCCGAGAUAGUAAAUUGACAAGAUUGUUGCAAGCAUCUUUAGGAGGUAAUGCAAUGACUGCUAUAAUUUGUGCUGUUACACCGGCUGCUUAUGAAGAAACUCAGUGUACCUUAGGUUUUGCUUAUAGAGCAAAGAGUGUUAAAAAUAAACCACAAGUUAAUGAAGUGUUGUCUGAUGCUGCAUUACUAAAACGAUACAAAAAGCAACUUGCUAAAUUGAAUGAAGAACUUGAAAAACUAAAAAAUGAUAACAAAGUUCAAGUUGUUUUGGAAAUGGAAUCAAAAUUACAAGAAAAAGAGCACAAAUUACAAGAAACGGAUAGACAAAAUCAAAUGCUUGAAGAGAGAAUACAACUUUUAAAGAACAGCAUUAUAUCCGCUGGAAGUUCUAUAAAAGAAGAAAAUCCUUCACUGAUUCCACGAGCUAAACGAAGACGUACAUGGGCUGGUGAUCGAGCUGCAAGUUCUCGUUUCAGUCUUUUACCUAGAUCCUUUAACUUACCAACUAUUAAAGAGACUCCACAUAGUCCUGAUUCAAAAUCUAAUGAUAGAGACAGAAAAAAAAAUCUUCAGAAAAGGAAAAGUAUUAUUCAAACAAUCAAUCUUAAUGAUGAGUCUUUUGAAACUGCAUUUACAGACUUUGAAUUAGAAUUAAUUAAAGUGGCCAAAGAACGUGAGGAAGAAUAUGAUUCGGCUAUGGAUACUACAAUGGAUAAAUAUCACCACAGAAUAAGCUCAAGAUCAGAACCUUGUGUCAAGUUCCAAGAUGAUGUUGAAAUACAUCAAUUGAGUAGUAUUAGUGAAUGGAGUGAUGCUUCAACUAUUGACCCUAGGAGUACACCUGGUAAAAGAAAACGACAAAUUAUUAUAGAGUCUCCAGGGACUCCAAAAUCUGUAUUGAGAGAAAGAUUGGAUUAUCUUACAGAAGAAUAUAGAGCAUUGCGUGAGUUUACAACUCUAGAAAAGCAAAUUCUUUCGGAUGAUAAAACAGAUGGUAGUUCUCAAAGCGAAACAAUAUUUUUAAAAAAUCAGGUUGAUGGAUUAAUAAAGAGACUUGAACAAAAAAAUAAUUAUCAGACAGAGUUGGAAGAACAAUUAAUGCUUUGUCUAACUUGCAUCAAAGGCCUAAGUACGAAAAUUCCAGAUAUUUUAGAGCUAUGGAAACCAAAUAUUUUUAAUGAAGAAGGAGGAGAAGUAGAUACCUUUGCAGAACUAAAAAAGCUGGAAAGAAUUUUAGAAGAUCUGGAAAACGAAGCAAGCCAUGGUGAACCAAAACUGACAGCUUUGGAAAAGAAGUUAACUGAUGAUUAUAACGAGUGCGCUGAGGAACUGAAACAAGUUCAAGUUCAAAAAGAGCUACUUAUUACUGAAAAUUUGGAACUCAAACAAGACCUCCUCAAGGAAUCAGAUAAGCAGAAGAAGAACGAAGGUCUUAUGCAAAAUUUAAGAGUUGACACUGAUUGUUUAAUGGCAAAGUUGAUUGAAAAAAAUAAUGAACUUUCAAAGCUUAAAGAAAGAGUGGUAGAAUUGGAAAAAUCCAAUAGUGAAAUGGUACAAACAAUUUCUCUUAACAAACAGGAAGAAUCAUUUACAUUAGUUGAUACGUCAAACAUCAAAAAUGAGAGUACUGAAAAAAUGGUUUCUGAAACAGAAAAUAGCGAUGAAAGUUCGUUAAAACGUGAAAUUUCCGAAUUAUCACAAAUUAUUGAAGAAAAAAAUUCUUCAAUAGAGGAAUAUCAACGUACAGAAGCUAAUAUGAACUUGAAGAUUCAAGAACUACAGAACUGUUUGGAAAAAUUACAAAAUUCUACCCAAAAUGAGACAAAUAAAAUGGAAAACUUAUCUAAAAUAAUAGAAGAUCAAGCAGUAGAAAUAAACCAAUAUAAGCAGGUUGAAGAGGAUAUGAAAAAAGAGAUGGAAGAACUACAAAAAACGUUACUAAUUUAUAAAGAAAAAGAUCUGGAGAUUUCAAAUUUACAGAGCAUUAUCAAAGAGAAGUCAGAAGAAAUUUCAAAAUAUUUACAAUUCGAAGAGAAAACUAAAAAAGAAAUCGAAUAUUUGAAGCAGUGUAUCAACAAUUCUAGUCAAGCAAAACAAGUAUCAGAAGAAUACCAAAUUGAUAGUAAUUUGUCCAGUAAUUAUCAAAUUGAAAACAUCGAUAUUUCCGAACUUCAAGCAUUAAUUCAAACUAAAUCAUUUGAAAUUGAGAAGUAUCAAACUUCCGAAAUGGAACUAAAACUUGAAAUUGAACAAAUGAAACAAGCUCUAGAAAAUUUGAAAAAUACUGAAAUAAACACUUCAUCAAACUCUCAAACAGAGUAUUUAUCACUCAAUUUCGAUAAAUUGAAAAAUGUUCAAGAAUGCGAGCUUAAAAUCGCUGAACUUUUACAAGUAAUUAAUGAUAAAACCAAUGAAAUUGAAACAUUCACUGAAACAGAAAAACAUCUAAGAAAUGAAAUUGAAACAUUAACGGAUAGAGAAAAAUAUCUAAGAAAUGAAAUUGAAAGAUUAGAAAAUUGCUUGACAGAGCUCAAUGAGAAAUCAUGUGAUGCAACUACACAAAAUACAGUUUCCAGCAACAAAGAUGAUGAAUGUAAUGCUCAUUUACAAAAAAUGCAAGAACAAGCUUUAGAAAUUGAGCAAUAUAAGCAAACAGUAACGGAAAUGCAAGAGGAGUUACAGAGUCUUCAGGUUACUUUGGCUACAAUGGCAAAUAUUGAAUCAAUAAAAGAGAAAGAAAGCACUAUUACAGAACUUUCUGAAAUCCUCAAAGAAAAAGAAUCCGAGAUAGAUUACUUAAAACGAUUAGCAAAUGAUGAAAAAAUGAAAAAUGAGAAUUUAGAACAGCUUAUUAAAUCUGAUGAUGAAUCUCUUGCUGAAUCAGUUUCUAAACUUGUUGAUGCCGAAGAAAUUUCUAGACUCUCGUCUAUAUUGGACGAAAAAUUACUAAGUCUCUCACAGUAUAAAAAAUCUGAAGAAGAACUAAGAAAUCAAAUGGAAUUGCUGCGAAAAGAAAAGUCUGAUAUUCAUGAAAGUGAAAAGAUGGCUAUGGAGCUUACUGCAUCGGAAAAGUUGAAGAUUUAUGAAGAAGAAAUAGAAAUUCUCAAAAAGCAAUCAGAUUUGAACGAAGAACUUAAAUCAAAAGUGGAUUUGCUUGCAAAUGAUAUUGAAACAAAAUUAAAGACAAUUGAGGAUUUAAAUUCUCUAAAUGCAAAACUUCAAUUAGAUCUUGAUUCAAAAGUUAAUGAAAUGACUCAAAAAAAUCAGUUGCUUGUAAAUGAUAUUGAAAUGAAGAUGCAGACAAUUAAGGAUUUAAAUUCUCUAAAUGCAAAACUUCAGCUAGAUCUUGAUUCAAAAGUUAAUGAAAUGACUGAAAUACAACAUACUUUUGAAAUCAAAAUAAAAGAACUUGAACAAAAGCAGAACAUUGUUAUGACGGAAAAAAAUGAACUGUUAGAAAAAAUUAAUAAUUUACAGUCUAAUGAUGGUUCUAAACUUAAAGAUUUAGAAACGGAAUUAGCUGAUUUAAAUAUUAUUGUUGAUUGUUUGCGAUUAGAAAAUGAUAACUUGAAAAAACGUUGCUCUGAUUUUGAAAAAAUGAGCAGUAAAAUUAACUCAUCGCUUGUGACAAAUAAAACGCCAAAAACUCCAGAAACACCUCUUGAGUUAAUCACUGAUUCUGUCAUAGAAAGUUCACCAAAAAGUAUAGAACAACAGGUGGUAACUGACAAUGAAGUUCAAGAAUGUUCAAUAAAUGUAAACGAUUUAGUUGAAGUAGAUAAUCAUACCAAACAACCACAAGUUGAAAUGAUGACAGAUCCUCAAAAUGUACCUGCUAAAACUAAUGUUGUAGACACUCCUCAACUGUCCACGAAAAAACUUGAGUUAGAAUCAAGCAGUAUAUUUGCAAAUCAAACUUACUUUGAUAAUAUGUCUAUGAUGACUGAUGACUGCACUGGUUAUAUUGGAACUGAAAUAACAGAAACUAUAGACAUGACUGCGUUCAGUAAAAUUUUACCUGUGAAUCAAGGAUCAGAAAAAGUGCAAAAACCAUCUGAUGAUAAUCAGAAUCUAAGUAAGCUUGAAGAUGUAAAUACAAUCAAUAAGGACAGGAAAAUGGAAGAUUCAAGUCCUAUUAAUGAUAUUAGUAAAAUCACUGAUCUGAAUAGAACAGAAGAUGUCCAAUCUCCAUCUCUACAUACCUCUUUAAUGUCAAAUGAAUCUCUUACUUUGGAAGAAUUAGAAAGGAUCAGAGCAGCUUUGGAAAAUGAUAACAUUAAAUUGCGCUCCGACUUACAAAGAAGAAUUCAGGAACUUGAAGAAGUCCAAAAAGUAGUGACUGAUUUUAAAACUAUGCUAGGAAAUUUGGAGCAAACAGUUAAUGUUUUGACUGAUGAAAACAUGGACUUAUCAAAAAAGCUUUCUAAAGAGAGAGAAAGUAGCAGUCAAGUUGUCAGUAAUUUCCAGUUGGAGAUAGAUACGUUAACAUCAAGACUUUCAGAGAUCUCAGAAGAAAAAACUAAGCUCAUUGAUGAAAUCAAUAUUGUUAAUGAACAGCUUGAGAACUUACGUGGAACUUCACCUGUUGUAACCGAUGAAGAUACUAAAAAGAAGAUGGAUGAGUAUCAAACAAAAAUCAGAGAAAUGGAAAGUGAAAAUAUUGAUUUAUCAACCAAAGUUAUGGACUUGAUCGAAGAGAUGGAUAGAAUCAAGGAGAGUAAAGUUCAAGCUUACGAUCACGAGUGCAUUUAUAAAAAUAAAUUGGAUGAGGUCAAUGAAAAGAUACAGUGUACUGAAAAAGAAAAUAUUGAAUUAUCAAGUGACUUGACUUUGCAAAUAGAAGAAUGUGACAAACUGAAGGAAACGGUUGAUGUAUUGAGGCAGCAACUAAAAGCUUACACCGAACAGCAGAAGGAAUCGAGCGAAAAUGUCGAACUGUUGGAAUGCCUGAAGCAAGAAAACGAGCGUUUGGCAAACGAAGUUAUCGAGUUGCGGGCAAAAGCAACACAGUUGAAUCGAGAAAAUACAAACUUGUCGACUCACAUUGCUUUGGAGAAUAGCGAAGAAUUGAACGAAUCGACGAUUAACGAUCGCCGCAAGAGCGCCUCGUUCGUCAUGGACACUUCCGUAAGUAGCGAGAGCGGCUUCAACACGUCAUCCGUCAAAUUCCGCAUCAAAGAGCUCGAGGAUCAAGUUGACUCACUGACCAUACGCAACAAAAAAUUGAGCGAGCUCAAGCUCACGAACUGCAGUCAAUGCGUUCAUUUGAAGGAAAUCAACGAGAGUCGGAGACUCAUGAAACUUGAGAUCGAAACUCUCAAUAAAAAACUUCUCGAUGUCCAGAAGAAAUAUGAAAAGAGAUGCGAAGAAUCGGAAUCGCUCAUAACGAACGCGCACGAGGGUGUCAAUACAAGCUUGAAAAAUUUGAGCAUGCUCGAAAUGACCUUGAACGAAAGCUGUUACGAAGGAUUGAACGUUACAGUGAUGGAGGAAAAGGUUCACCAAAUGUCUAAUGUCCUGGAAGAAAUGCAAGAAAAUAACGCUCGGCUGUCGAACCAAUGCCAGGAGAAGUGUCUAGAACUGGAAAAACUCCAAGCGGAAAAUAUAUCACCAAAUAGUCCAACAUCGGUGGAGAAGAAACGUUCGAAAUCGAAUUCACGAAAAACUUCGGCAAGAAUUCAAACACUCUUGAAGGAUGUCGAGAGAAUGAGCAGCGAGUUUCAAGAAUUGAAACGGCAUAACGACAAAGUUGGCGUUACUUUGGACAAGUUUAGAGCAGAAAAAAAUGAUGUCCUAAGAGAAAUCGAGACUUUGAAAGAAGCCAACAACGAGUUAAAAAAUCAAUACGAUAAGGCUCAAACAACUGUCCAAUGUUACGAAGACAAAAUCAAACUUCUCGAAGAAGAAUUGGAAAGUCUGUACAAGAAAGCCGAAAUUACCAAUGCAACUGAAGUAGAAAUUCAAUCUCAGAAACUCGAAAUUGAGGUACAAUGCGAAAGCUUGCUCAAAGAAAAGAAAGAUUUAUUAUCAAGAAUUGAAGAAGCCGAGGACAACUUCAAGAAAGAGCUUGAAAGUUGUAACAGUCGAAUUGGUGAUUUUGAAAAAGAGAACAAUAACUUGAAAAAUGAAAUCUUGAAGCUUGAAGAUAUAGUGCAAAAUCUCAGAGGUAAUAAUCAAAGCAUUAUCGAGGAUAAAUUGCAAGAAGAAGUUGACGAGGCAAAGUCUAGAAUGAUCAAAGAAAUAAAAUCUAUGUCCAAUUUGCCCGAGGACGAGGUGAAAUCACUAUCAAAGCAAUCUGUCACCGACAUUUUCGUUAAUUUCGUGACCACUCUUCUCGCAAAAGAACAAGAGAUGGUGAAACAAAUUCAACAAAAUUCCGAAAGAAAACAACGAAAACUUGAGGAAGAAAGAAAGCAGAGUAGCGAUGCUGAAAAACGAGCGAACGCUUGGGCCAAAACGUUGGAGACGGAUCUCGAGAAACUUCAAGGAGAUUGCUCAAAGCUCGAGCACAAAAAUGCACGCUUGAUGCAAGAUAUUCAAAAAUUGGAAGAGUGUCUGAAAGAGGCUCAUCACGAAAACCAACAGUUGCUCGGUAACAUCGACAAUUUCGAGCAAGAAAUCAUCUCCCUACAAAAGGAGCUCGACCAGAAGGCCAAAAGUGAAAUCGAUCGCGAUUCAGCUAUCAGCGCAGCUCAAGAGAAAGAGAGAUUAUGCAGAAAUAAGGACGAAGAGUGGGAGGCGCGUCUUCGCAUGGAGAGAGACGAGCAUCUUCGCGAAGUCGAAGAGCUUCAAUCAGAACUGAAUUCUUGCAAAUCGAAUAACGAUGAUCUCAAGAAUACGAUCGAAGGUUUGGAUCUGGAGAUCGAGCAUCUUAAAAGUACCAUCUCGUGCAAAACCAGCGAGUGUUCAUCGUCCUUGCAACAAAUUGAAAUAAUGGAACAAGAAAUUUCGCGCCUGGAAGAAACCAUUCAGCAUCUUAAAGAUGAAAGCACAGAAAAAAAUAAGAACAUUGAAGAGAUUACCAGGUUGCUCAAGAUCAAAUGCGACAUGCUUACGGAAUACAAGACCAGGGCUGAAACUUGGCAGCCCGAGUACGAAAAUAUGCAAGCUCAGCUAGCCGAAAGAAAAAUGGUUAUUGAAAAAUACAAAGAAGAGAUUAACAAUCUGAAGUUGGAGAACAAAAAGCAGCUUGAUAUUCUGCAAGACAAACUUUCAUCUGAAGAAAUUAAAUCAUCUGGCUUGAAUAAGCAGCUUACAGACAUCAAAAAUAAAAAUAUUGCUUUAUCUACUACCAUUGAAGAGUUCAAAGAUCGUUGUUCGGAGCUUGAACGAGAAAACAGUAGUCUUCAACGGAAGGUGAGAAAUAGUACGAGCAAGGUUCGAGUGGAAAACGAAAUGCAAGAACUCCAAGAUGAAAAUCGCUCUUUGAAAAAUCAUCUAGAGGGAUCUUACAAUCGUAUCAAGGAACUGCAAGAAUCCAAAUCGCAAGUUCAGCGUGAACUAUCGGAAGCUCAAGGAAAGGUCGAAAUAUUGGAGCACGAGUUGAAUGCUAAUAAAAUAGCACUGGAGUCCUUGCGAGACAAAUACAACAAUGAUAAUCUGCAGAAACUUCGAGAUCAUUACGAAGAAUUAUUGCGCGAAAAGAACAACAUCGUACUAGAAGUUGAAGAGAAGAAAAUGAUCAUUGCCAGCAAAGAUCAAAAGCUCGUCGAGUACAGUAUUGAAAUUGAGACUUUGAAGAAAAAAAUCCAAUAUUUGUCCAAAGAUAAAUCGGUUCUGGAAGAUAAAAUCAACGAACUUUUCAAAGAAAGCGAAAAAUUACAGAAUCAAAUAAUGUCUUGCGGCAAAGAUAAGGAUCUUGCAUUCAAGCAAGUCACCGAGGAAAAAAUUAAAAUGCAACAAGACAUGGAAAACCUCAUGACCAAAAACAAAGAACUUGAUGAUGAAAUGGAAGAACUUGUUCUUCACAUCAAACAACAAGAAAACGAGAUCGCCGAUCUACAAGAUCGUUUGAUCACAGGCGCCAUGGGAACUGCCAACUUGGAAAAACUUCGUACUUUCGAGGAGGAAAAUGAAAAACUGAAAAUUGAUUUGCGAGUUGCCGAAGUCAACACUGGCAAAUUACAAAAUGAAAUAAUUCGUCUUGGCGCAGAUAAUAAGUUCUUGUCUGGUCGCAUCGAAGAUAUGAAUAUCAAAAUUGCCGAUUUAAUGGAAUCGAAAACUGGCAGUCGUAACAGCUCUAAGAGUAGCAGCCCAACGACCCAGAAAAGUAGGCGUCGCUCUAGACGUAGUAACGUUUUUAAUCAACACAGAAACAUCGAAGAAGUUGAUAAUAGAGAUGUAACUGAUAAUGAAUCACCAUCGUCAACGCCAACACCGCCUCCAAGUUUUUCCUCUUAUCAAGGAUGCCAAGCUUGCAAUGAUCUUAAGAACCGUAUCCGUGAAAUGUCAUUGGAUCUAGUUUCUCGAAAUAAUAAGAUAACAAUGCUUGAAGUACAACUGCAAGCUGAAAGUUUCCCUUACCAAGUGAAGUGUAACGAACUGCAAGAAGAAUUGUUGAAUUUGAAAACAGAAAAUUCUAGUUUCAAACUUGAAAUUCAAAAAUGGCAACGAGCUUUGAUGAAGGAUAGUUCAAGAGAAUGUAAAAUUUGUCGACAGAAAAGUUUAAGUAAACGUGACGCAGGCAUUCAAGUCAACGAGGAAUCUAAAGUCAGUUUAACUGGAAUGAGUAGUGGCAUCGUUCAGGAUCACUUAAGACUUGAGAAAAUGGAAAAAGAACGGAAUUGGAUGAAAGAAUUGUGCAGAAGUCGCGCGAGAAGAAUAAAAGAAUUGGAGCAAAAAUUAACUGAGUUUGAAAAUGUGAAAAGCAGUUAGUGUAAUUGAGUUUUUAUAUUUAUUAGACAAGAUCUUCAAAUUAUUGAUAUUUGUUUUAUAUCUGUGCAUAGUUACGUAAAGUUUAUAAACUCUUAUUAAGUAUAUUUUAAAAUUUCCAUUUCACCAAGAGGUAAACCUCUUCAUAAGGUGAAAUUUAACAUGUAGUUAUUUAAAUCGUUAUAAAGCUAUAAAAUUUUAUACCGAAAAAUCAAAAUAUCCGCCGCCCCAAAGUAUUUUUUUACAAUCAAAAAUAUAUAGUUAUAUUGAUUAUGUUAUAUGUUAAUAGUAAAAGAAUAGCACACAGUUGACAUAUUUUUAAAAUAAUGUCACUAUGAGAUAUCGUUAAGUACAACAUUUGACGUACCCACAUAUGUAUAGAAUACUAUUUUUCAUGUGUGUAAAGUGUCCUUAAGAAAUUAACUCGUAUGUUUUAUCUUGCCAUUGAUUACAAAUCAAAUUUAAUAAGAAAAUGGAACUUUUUUAGUUUUUUUAUUAAAUUUGAAAUGCAAUAUCGGAAAUAUUGACUCGUUAUUUCCAGUGAUUAUACGUCAAUUUAUACAUUCACGCUAUGAAUUAAACGUUGCAUGACAUAAGUUUGCGGAAUAAUGUCGAAGCAUAGCCAAAACAGAUUUCUUGAAAACAAUUUUCAGCAAUACGCGAAAAAUUGUUUAUUUAUUUUAAUACUGUGAAUUUUUUACCAGAUUGUCUGAUAGAUAAUAAAGUAUGUAAGACAAUGUCUUCUAGUACAAUAAAUUUUGAUAUUUUUAGUAAA